CCACCAGUCAAACGUCACAGAUCAAUAACGACCAAUAUCAAGCAAAUUCGAUCAUGAAAUGAACCAAGAAACGCGCGGAAGUCGACCUCGAAGUCAUAGUCCAGCAACCUCGGAAGUUCCGCCGUCGGACGAUGAGUUUGAGGGGGAGGAGUGGUGGUUCGAGGGUGACGCGGUGACACCGAGGGCUAGUGGGCCGAAGGAGGGAGGUGAAGGCCUUUCUGGCAAAUUGGAUGCGUCAUCUCCGCUGGAUUCGGUUGUUCAUGGUAAGGAGGAGGUGCGCGGGCUGGCAGGAGUGGGCGAGGGGGGAACGGUGUUGCGUUCGACGAAUCUUACGGCCACCCCGCAACCUGCUGUGGAGGAAGACGAAGUUAUGGAAGACGUUUCUAUGGUCAAUGAGCCUCUGUCACAACCUGUAACGCAAGCCCCGCCUUCUGAUUCAACUCGAGACAUCUUCGAUCCACCGUCCUCGCCGCCUCUUGUGAUCGAAGCGUUUGACGAUGAUUUGCGUGAGGACAAAGCAGUGGAAGAGCGUGGAGAGACUGAACUGUUUUCGUCGCAGAGUAUCAGGGGGCCUGAGGAGGACAGAGAGACUACACAGACACUCGAGAAUCCUCAUCCUGCGCCUGGCAGUGCGACAUCGACGCCUUCAUCUAGCCUGCCACAGAUCGUGCUUCCACCGCCAAUCGUGAUCGAUACUGCGCAAACGAUGUCACCCUCGUUGACGCCGGCGACAGUCGUGGCACCUCCACCCGUCCCAACAGACCCGACACCACCUCGCCGAACAUUCCGUGCUCGAAAACCUGAACAGCUACACCCUUACAUGGUUGAGCUAGCCCGCCAUCGACAAGAAUUCCGUCAACGCGGUCUAAAGCCGGUUCGAGUUGCAGGUUUACCAGCGCCUGAGGCCGAUUCGCAGUUCACUGUCCCAGCGGAGGAUGUUGAAGAUGUGGUGAUGGAAGAACUUCUGGAAGAGGAUGACUCACAGUAUGUUGAACGAGAUCGGGUGCGGCGGGAACGUGUGGAACGUAUGCAACGGGCUACGGGGUCAAAGUCACCACGGGGAGAGGACGACGAGGAAGAUUUGCCGUCGCCGGCGAAUGUGUUAAAAGGUGAUGCAAGGGUGCCGAUGCGCACGUAUAAGAGACGGAAGACAGGCGACAAUGUUCCCAAGUUCAUCAAACCGACAAAAUAUGACAAAAUCAUCAAUGCCGUGCAUAAAGAGCUGCAACAAAAUCGACAACAGCCCUCAAGGGACGGAGGUGUUACACCCGUUCGGUCGCUUCCUACUCCGCAAAUGUCAUCAGCAACAACCCAUGUAAGCACGGCACGCCGAUCACUACGCAUCCUCGCAUCGUCUGAUAAUGAAGAGAUGCAAGUCACUCCUCGGCCUCGUCGUCAAUCCCGAGAAGCAUCGCAUAUUCACAUUCCGAGCUCCUCUUCUGGAUCUGAAUCCGAAUCCGAAUCUCAGAACGAUUCCACCGACAGAGAAAAAGCAGAGCGGGAGAUUGAGAAGCUCAAACGGAGACUCCGUGGAGUACUGCCUCCGUCGUUCCUGAAAUUGGACGAGAAGCAGAAGGAAGCGGAAGCAAAGGCUGCACGGGAGCGAAAGGCAGCAGCAGAGAGGGUGGAAAGAUCUCAUGGGAAGGGUGUGGCGAAGAGAAAGACUGGUACCGGCUUGGCAGGCAGGCUUCAGGCUGUAUUUGGGGGUGGCGAGGACAGUGGAGAUGAUGACAACGUCUCUGUUACCACUGCACGUUUGGUAGUGACCGCUGCUUCUCGGUCUGCCCAAACUCCGAGAAGGGUGCUUCCGGAACCCAUUGUGCUGGACGACGAUGAUAGUAUGAUGGAAGAAGACAUUAUUGACAAUAUGUGGGUGAAGCCUACACAACGUCGUUCGACGCAGUCCAGGAAGUCAGGAUCUGGACCGAAACGUUCCGCACCGAAGAAACAGUUCAACAAGCUCCAAGACCAUGGCUUCUCCCGCAAGUCUUCAAAGAAUGAGAAGUCUCGGCAUGCUAGUCAUCUUUCAAGGGGCUCGAAGGAUGUGACGCAAAAGAGACGAAGAUCUAGAACGCCGGCGUUUAGUAUCGUUGACGCCUGUGCGAGGCAUAUUGAGGAAACUGGGCGGUCACCCCCUCCCUUUAUGAAGAUCGCCAAGCGUGUCGCAGCGAAGCGCAAGGAUCAAGGCCGGACUACACUAAGAGGCAAGCAGUUUCGAUUUACCGAUGGGGACGAACAGGAGUCAGUCCUUCACGUCCUGCGACAGUGGAAGGAAGGACGUUUGAGCCGUCCUGACUGGCAGGACGCCAAUGCAACUGGGACUCUUUCGCGACCUGAGGUUGCUAAAUCCGUCAUGGAGAAUGAUCUUGUCCAGCGCCGUCAAGUUGUAGUCCCUGCGCGGGCUCGGCAGGCGCAGUUGCCCUUCCACCCACUGGACGACGGCAUCGACUCGGAUCAAAUGGAAGCGCAUGCAACGGUGGUAGACGUCGGUAUCAAUCGACAGGAGCCUGGCGUCCGACGUCCUUCACCCAUACCUCAACCCCGCUUGCAGAAGAGCAUGCAACCUGCUCAAUUGGAACACGAAUCUGGUGAAUAUGCCAUUAGACCUCGCAAAUUUACCCAACACCAUCCUCGACCCCAAGCAAGGCUCAACAAUAUUGAGAAGGUCAGUAAGUGGCUUGCCACUGCAUCGCCAGCCGGACCUCCUGAUGCCAUGGGACCUCCAGCGCCGCCUUUUGUUGCGGGACAUCCCGCUAUGUCGACUCAAGCCACUCUUCCAGACCAUGCUAUUGCUCGAGCUGCUGCUGUCGUUGUCGUUGCACCUAUACCAAAGCGUCGAGUAAGGAAGAAAGUUCAGGCGGAGCGCCGCGACAUUCAUCAGUUCGACGGCAUGAGGUUACCUAAACCUGACCGCGGAUCGACUCGUUUCGAGCCUUCUGUCCCAGUCAUAGCUCAAGACCCUGCCACAGCUAUAUCUGUGCGUCAACUAGCUUUAAACGAUUACUGGUUCACCAACCAGACCUUCUCGAUUACCUUUGACGUUCUUCCGGUCAAAGUUGGUACACGCCUUGAUCCCACCUCCUUCGUUGGUAGUGGCGAGCUUCACGAGGCGCUGACCGCUCACUGUAAGCCAAAUGAUCGGUCACUAUCAGCAGGACAUGUCACGUUUGGCGACGAGGUAUACGACAUGUAUGACUCUACAGCUUCCGUUGCUGCCCGGUUCGAAAUCGGAUUCAGGUUCCUUGUCGACUCGUUGCUUGAGUCCCGUUCUGAGUUGGCAACCGAAGCCGAACCCUUCCUGCGUUUCGUGGCCAAAUAUAUCGGCACACGCCUAUCUAUGGCUCGUUCUGAAGAGGUAGCCACCUUUGGCCAGGCCCUCCUUCGCUCAGUUGAGUCAGCUUUGGACCGUAUCCUCACAUCGGUAUUCGCAGAUAGAGUCGAUUAUCAACUCUCUGCACACCGUACUGGUUUACAAUUUCUCCAAUUCUGCCUGGUAUGGAGUUACCAGCUUUCAAGGUUGUCUUCUCACGAUAGUGAUUGUCCCAUUUCGCUUGGUGCGGAGAGAGCGCUUGACCGCUUUGGCCGGCACCUCCUUCAGCUGCUUCUUACAUCAGGCAUGAAUGAAGUCCAGAACAUAUUACGCAGGCUCCGUUCCUCUAAUGCCACAUCUGUUGCUGGAGAUACCUUGCCCCUACAGCUAUGGCUAACUGUGAUUCAUGUGUUUGAUGACUGUCAGACCUUUGCUCGCGGUACCUUGCCAGCUUUUUGGGACCUACUUAAUGACAUACUGCAUGUCGAGACCAAGGUUGAAGCUGCUGCUGGGAACGAGUGGCGCUUACGUGAACGUGCUUGGUUCACCAUUGCCAACAUAUGCCCUCUGUACCAGUUCAGCGAUCUCGGCGUAACAGGCCCACCACCUGGCACGUCCAAUUGGUCUUAUCUGGUAAGCUUGUUAAACGACUUCUUCGGCAAGGGGGAUCUGUCUCUAAAAGCGGCUGCGCUUGAGCCCUAUUACCGUGCUCUCAUCGGUCGUUGUCAUACACUAGUCAGGCAAUGGAAUUGGAAAACGAGCAAGGAUGUGCUCGUGCUAUUCUACAACUUCUUCAGUGCGCGAGGUUUUGCUGGCGUUGAUGAACACGACCUACAUGACUUCCCCAUGUUCCUCCAGAGGCUUGACGUGAACCCAAGCGUGGAGAUUGAUGCCUCUGACACGAGCUUUCAUAUCUUCCUCAAGGUAGUUGUUCUAGCGUUCCGUCAGCUUCAGGCUAUCGAGACUCCGCAAGCGAAAAAAGCGCUUCGACUCCUGGCGUCGCGUCUUACUCCGUUGGGUGAUCGGCGACAGCAGUACGCUAGUGACAAGGAGUUCUCCAUUGCGGACUUCAUCUCAUUGGAGAACCACUAUGCUCUUCUCAUCACAUUAUACUAUGCGACCCCAGAAGAAGUCCGUCCUCCUAUCGAAAGCAUGCAGGAUCUGGUCAUCAUUGAGAACGCUCAUUGCAAAGCUCGUCUCGUGAGCGUGAAGGCAUGGUCGCAUGUGGUGCGUCUUCGAAUUGCGCGUGGGGAGGAUCUGACUGAGAGUAUGGGCUGGUUGGAGUUGAUUUUGCGUAAAACUGCUGAAGAGUAUCGGAACAUCAAGCGAGACACGCGGCUGGUUGCAGAGGGUGUUGCUGCCUGGGAGGCCUCUACCCGCGAUCGAGUCGUUCGGUUCAAUCUGACGCAGUUGGAGAAUGUUAUGAUCGUUGCUUUGAAAUGUGUCAGAGGUCUUGUGUCGACGUUCUGUGAGUCAAAGCCGGAAGUCAUGCCGUGCCUUCUUAUUAAGCCGACGACUUCGGAUAUCUUUGCAUCGUCGUUCUCGCAACCGGAUGCAGUGGUUCUGCAGGCGCUGGGUCUUCUGCGGGAUGUGCUGCAGUGCUCAGCUUCGACCGCUUCACUAUCUGCCGCCGUUCAGGCUCCGCUACCGGAAGAAGACAGCCAGGAUUAUGGAGAUGUUUCUUUUCUUGAGGAGUUUGCUGCGGUUGAAGCAGGAGUGGUCCCGUCUGAAGCUUCUGCACUGCUGAAGCAAGUCAACGAGGUUUGGUCACCACAGCUUUUCCAGAUGUUGUCGAACUAUUUCGGUGCCGAUAACGAGGUAUCUGAUAAUGCUAUCCAUGACACAGUCAAGACGUGGCUAUACUGCGCGCGGCUUCUUGUACAACACAAUUUGCGUACUUGGGUAAGCUAUCUUGAAGGAGGUGCAGAGGCGUGGCCUCGUCUGGGGGAUGUUCCAAGGAAACGCGCUGUCAGCAAUAUCUUCUUUUCGACCGUCCUGGAGUGUGUACCUGAGAUUUAUCAUGAGCAUCGGAUGAUUUUCCUGAGCUUCUGGAUUUCGAGCAUAGUCGAGCCAGGGCUGGCAGUUGAUCAACAUGUCUUUACGAGUACACUUCUCAGCAUAGACACGUCUGGUGACCUUGUCAGCAACCCUCCUUUUGUUCGGCAGCUUGACGGGUCGUACUCCAUCUCUGCGGAGGAGUUGCGCUCUGCCCGGGGUGCUCUUCUGUCGAGCAUUCUAGAGAGCAUGGGUAAGACCGACAAGGAAGAGAUGAAGUCUAUGUACACCGCUCUUCUCGCCACUCUCUUCCGCGCUCUCCGUGAGCACUAUGCUCAGUUGACCGUAGCUAAAUCUUCAGGCGACCUUACAGAGUAUAUCGCAUUGGUGCAACAAGUCGUUGGAAACGUGCUCCAGUUUUGCAGUACUUUUGUGACCGAACGCUGCUUACCUGAUCUUGUCUGGUUCCUCAACGCGGAGCACUUCCCGCAGCCACCCGAACAUGCUGCAUACGAUAUCCAGCGCCUUCGUGUCUAUGCCGGACAGGAUAUCACAAAGGGUUUCGUGCAGGACGUCAUUCAUGACAAGAUCAAGACGCGGUGCGAGGAUGUGCUUGUGGCAUGUGAAUCGGACAAGCCAUUCAUCAUUUUCCUUGCGGCUCUUUUGAAGGAGGACGAGGUUCGGGAUGUUCAACUAGAGUAUCUUCGGAGCCUUGUGGUGAGGGCCAUCAUAUGCCCCUACCUGCGUCCGGAGGCCGUGGUGUAUAUUCCUCCUAUGCUUGGAGCUUUACGCGAGGUCUAUACCGGUGUUCUUCAGUCUCUGCACCCUAGCAAGUCGCCCGACUACCUGCGCGAGGUCCUGGUCGACAUAGCAGACAUUUUGUACCACAUACAACCCUGGACGUCUGCAAUCUUGCGAAGGGAGAAUAUGACUGUUGAAGGUGCUGUGUCAAAAGAGAUUCUGCUACGUAUCGCUCGCACGUACGAUCUAUUGGAGGUGGUAUUACGCAUUGUGCAUUGGUGUUCAUACCACCCGGCAUGUGCUGAAAUAAUAUCCAUCAUACGCGAUCAUGUGGAUGGAUACUUUCAUGCAGCAUGGUUGGUUCUUAACUGGUGGGUUAAGGAUGACGCGAUGGAGCUACAUGGCUUUAAACCCCUGUCAUCAGAAUGGACCUCGAUACCGGUUUCGUCGGAUCAUGUUAUCAGGAGCGCGUAUUCACGGUUUUGGAGAUCUGUGAACGACAACGCUCGAGAUUGGAAAGAAGACCCUUUAUCCACGGGGAUCUGGCGUUCUUCUUCCUCUGGUCGGGGAAGCAGGACGAUAUCUCUUCCACCGCGUGAGUUCCAGCAGGAAGCCUCCAUCAACGGUGCAUUGUUUGAGAGCGUGACGGCGUUCUUGGUCACCCUCAGCCAUUGCCCCUUGAAAGGUUUGUGUACGGAUAGAUAUUUCAGGCAAAUCUGUUUCAUAUGGAGGGAACACACGGAUCGGUUCAGUGAGAGGACGAGGGUGGUUAUGAUGGAACUGUUUGGAAGGAUGGGAGAGGAUGGCAUGCCGUGGCGAGCGAUGUUUGGGUUGGAAGAAGAGCAUGACGUUGCGAGCAUUUGCAUUUGAAUGAUAUUACAGGCGUUUUUGGGAUCGUUAAGGUUUGCUUUGGCGUUACAAAUGGGUGGAUACCAGGUGCAUUGCGUGUGUAGCAGAUACUUUCGGAUACAAGUGCAAAGAGAACGAGAAGUUUCACCCUCAUCGAUCGAUCAUGGAAGAACCGGAGUUGUCCCCAUACUGCGAUGCGUCAAUAAGGCAUUGAACCCCCAAAUUAACUUUAGCGAAC